UCAAUUAACAUAAUAUUUGAUUGAUGGGGAUUCGGCCAGACAACCUCCUCUGUACCGCUGCAUAAAUAACCUGGACCGGUCAUUGAGAGUCAUUUUUAACCUGGGUACUAUACACUGAACAUGAUGCGGUUUUCAUUUGCUGUGUGCGUUUCCUUGGCGCUUUGCGGAACUAUUUUCGCACAAAUUAACCCCCAGCUAACCGGACAAUUCCGACCCGGGCAAGUAGCCGGAGUUCCCGGACAGAUCGGUAUCCCUGGACAGAUGGGGACAAUUCCUGGCCAGCAGUUUAAUCAAAUGGGGAUGCUUCCAGGCCAGAUGGGAGUUAACCAGUUUGGAUCAACGUUCCCUGGUCAAUUUAACCAGUUCGGAAUGGGCAUCAACAAUCAGCUUGGCCGCGGCCCAUCUCUUGUACCAAGCGGGCAGUUUGGUGGGUUCACUGGAAGCACCAUGGGCUUCAAUCAAUUUGGAUCGACGGGAUUUAAUACUCCGUUUACAAAUCAGUUUGGUACUGGAUUUAAUCAGUUUGGAACAGGAAUGAACCAGUUUGGAACAACCGGUUUUAACAACGGAUUAAAUGGUUUGAAUAAUUUCAACAGACUUGGUCAGCCAAAUAUGAUGGGACAAUUUCCCGGACAAAUGAACCAGUUCAACAGUCUAAACCCCGGACUCCGACAACCAGUUGGAAAAUAAAUAUAGGACUUAGCAAGAAAAAAAGCAGGAAAACGAAAGUCGUCUGCUCCGAGAUUUGCGGAUGAAUACGACAUUGUGAUGUGCGUCACGUGAUUUGUGUAACAUGGCACAAAUAUGUUAAUCCACUUUGCGCAGUGGAAUAUAUUCCCCCAAAGACUUCAAACUUAACCGUCUUUGACUUUAUGUACAUUAAAUGUACACUCUGUAUCAUAGUAUUGUCUACUUUAUUACUUGUCGUCCUUUUGUAAAUUACAACAUGUCUUUUUCUAAUAAACAAAAAAAAACCAACCAA